AUGCUCGGUUUGUUUUACGUCCUAUUCCUCACAGGGGCUUUAACAAAUUGCCAAACUUUUCCUGUAACUAACAAUAAUAAUAUCGACACAUCAACAACAUCAUCCAACGAAGAAAAUACCGAAAAGACUAUACAGGAUGAGGAAACUACAACACCUCAAAAUACUAAUACAGAUUUUACUAGCGAGUCAUAUGAUUUGUCAGGAAAUGAAACGGAAAUUCCAGGAACAACAAUAAUUAAAAGUACUGAAAAUGAGGAUGAAAUUACCACGGAAUCCUUUAUUGAAAAUUCAACAGAAAAAUACACAGGUGAAGCUCAAGAUCAAACAAGUAAUUUCGAAACUACAAAAGCAACAACAAAUAUUGAAUCAUCAACAAAUCCCUUACCAACUAUAACCAUUAAUCUUCCAACAAUAACUACCAUUACAACAAAAAAGGAUCUGUGCGAAGAAAAUGAAGUCUAUUCGUGCUUACCAUGGUGUCCGAGAACUUGCAAUAAUCCUUUAUCAAAACUAGUUUGCCGACCAAGUCGAAAUAGCUUAUGUCGUAGAGGAUGUACUUGCAAAAAUGGGUUUCUAUAUGAAAACACAAUUCGAAAAUGCGUUAAACAAUGUCCUGUAAUGCAAUUAUUAUAA